AAUGAAUUACUGCCACAAGUAAACAAAAGAAACACUUAACUCUCUUAGCAUACUAUUUCAGUUCGUCUCAUCUUCAAAAUCCCCUCAUCCCCAACCCGAGAAGAAGAUAAUCAGAUUAUCAAGUUUAUCCAGUACUAUAUCAAUGGCUGAAAUGACAGAUUCUGCUCGGAGGAGAAUAGCCUCCAUAGCCAAUCAUAUCAUGCCAGCUCAUCCAAGCCAGAGUCAACAAGGAAAUGCGAUUGCCAUACUGGAUUGCAGCUCUUCAAUGAAUGACAGCUUCCACCGGGUUCACGGCGGAGUCCCGACUGACAUUCCGGUGUGGAAUCCGGCCAGGGACGACUCCGGCAAGGAGUACACUGACAUUAUCUAUGAAAAAGCUGUUGGAGAAGGCAUUGCCAAGAUAACAAUUAACAGGCCAGAGAGAAGAAACGCCUUCCGGCCUCAAACGAUCAAGGAGCUUAUGCGAGCAUUCAAUGAUGCCAGAGACGACAACUCAAUCGGAGUUAUCAUUUUUACUGGGAAGGGAACCAAGGCAUUCUGCAGUGGUGGUGAUCAGUCUCUCAGAGGGAAAGAAGGUUAUGUCGAUUACGAUAGUUUUGGUCGCCUGAAUGUUUUAGACUUACAGGUGCAAAUACGACGUCUUCCCAAACCAGUUAUAGCAAUGGUUGCAGGUUAUGCCGUAGGAGGUGGACAUGUGCUGCACAUGGUCUGUGAUUUAACAAUUGCUGCAGCUAAUGCUAUUUUUGGACAGACAGGACCCAAGGUAGGAAGCUUUGAUGCUGGAUAUGGGGCUUCCAUAAUGUGUCGUUUGAUUGGCCCCAAAAAAGCACGUGAAAUGUGGUAUAUGACGAGGUUUUACACUGCUUCUGAAGCCGAGAAAAUGGGACUUAUCAAUACUGUUGUCGAAGUAAGUUGUGCAUGUGAAACAACAACGAAUUUAAAAAUUCUAUUUUCAAAAAAUCAGAGUCGAAAAGAUAAGAAAUAAUGUGGACGAAAUACACUAUUUUCAUAUUACUCUUGCACGAACACUUCAUCGGUGAACUUGGCUGACUUUC